AUGGGCGGCGUCAACUCAUUCUUCUUCUGCCAUGAUUGGCCUGAGUCUUCUGAUAGUCUGUUAUCCAAGUAUAAUGAUAGGGAAGCACGCAUGAUUGUCGGAUUUUUCAUUUAUCUCCACCUCAACGGAGUGCCUGUGCAGGACAUAACCAUUUUGACUUUUUACAACGGUCAACGAAAGAAAAUUCUGAAAGCUUUAAGAGACAAUAAUAUACUGCAGGGACAGUAUCUAAAGGUAUCCACAGUCGAUUCGUAUCAAGGAGAGGAAAAUGAAAUUGUCCUGCUGUCCCUGGUCCGUAGUAAUGAGAACUCUGGAAAUAUGGGAUUCCUUGCUGUUGAAAACCGAGUGUGUGUAGCUCUGUCAAGGGCAAAACGGGGGUUUUAUAUUUUUGGAAACGCAGAAUUUCUUGCCGUGUCCAACCCGCUUUGGUGGGAGGUUGUUCAGAUUGUCAAUUGCGGCCCAAGAAGAAUCGGGUAUCGCGUUCCAAUUACCUGUGGCAACCACCAGGCCAAAACCUACAUCGCGGAGCCAGAUCACUGGUCGUUAACCAACGGAGGUUGUACUUUGAAGUGUGACCAGAAAUUGAAGUGCGGUCAUGACUGCCCGCUUCGCUGCCACGCGGUAUCACAUUCACAGGUGAAAUGUCAGCAGCCAUGCACCGAGCUCCUCCCUUGUGGACACGGCUGUGUCGAAAUUUGCGAUUGCCCCUGCAAGUGCCAAUACGGCGAAUGCGCUGUGCUGAAUGGGCGUCUUAGAGCUGGAGAAAAUUUGUCAUCAUCAACUCGAGAGAAUCCAGCUGCCACUCCAACUAGUAUACGUACCGGCCCUCCAAGGGCCCCUGGUGUACAUGCAGACUUCGUCCAGAACUAUCAGGCCUAUUCUAACGGCGGAGCCAAACAGGACGACGCACGGCUUGCCUCUAAAGAACUGGCCACAAUUUGA